UCUAAAACUUGAGUUGUUUGACGAAAAAGAACAUUGUUACAUAACACUCUUUGAAGCUACAAAAUACUUGCUCGGUUGUGACGUUACUACAUAUGUACGAUCAAUUUCUCAGAAGAAAGAAGAAUCCAAGUACUAUCGCAAGUUGGUGUCAAGUAAGGAUAAAGAGUUCACCUUUCUUGUCAAACUUGAUCCAAGAAUUGGAGGAGAUCGACCUGGAAAAAGUUUGAUUGCAGAGGAAUUACACGAAGUUGGGAAAGUAGAUGCAAUCGAAAUUGCAGAUGACGAGAUAAAAGCGGCGAAAACAAUCAAGAAGACCAAACAAAUUGAAGAAGAGAAUGAUGCCUCAACAACCCAUAAAAGAAUUAAUAUAGAAAGGGAUUAGUGCUUUAGCAUUCUUUAUUAAAUAGUAUAACCUUUAGUCUGUUUGAUAUUCUAGAUACUUGUUCAUUAGCUAAAUUUUAAUUUUGCCUUUAAUAAGGAGCAACUUUUGCUGGCAUAGCAAUUAAUAAUAUUUAGUGCAGAGUUUCUACUUCCUGUGUGUUUCUAAUCAAGUGCUACUCUUUGCGUUUACUUCAAUUAGAAUGGGUAUUAACAAUUUUUUCAUAUGCCACAGGAUAUCAUUCAUUCAAUACAAAUGGCACAAGACCAACGUAGGGUUGCUUACGCUAUUCGGAGGAUGAACAAAUAUAUUGAAACAAACACAACAAAGUUAAACGAUGGAAACCAUAGUAGACAUGAACAAGAACUUUCAGAACUCUCAAAUCAAUCAAUUGAAGAUAUUGACAUUGAAGAAAGAAUACCGAGAAAGCAGCCUAAAAUAACUUCGCUACUGAAGGCUCUAUCGAAACAGUGUGAUAUUGAAGGUGAUAUUGCAUACAAACCAUCGAUAUCAGAUAUUCACAAGUUGAAAAGUAUUGCUGAAUGUAUCCAUUGUCAUGCUAUAAGAUUUCAGUAUGAGACUCCCACAUUUUGUUGCGGAAGUGGAUCUAUCAAAUUGGCUAAUACUGAAGUUCCAAUUCCAUUGUACGAGUUACUUAUUGCCGAGUCAGAACAAGCGAAAGAGUUCCGCAAAAACAUUAGAGCAUAUAAUAGCAUAUUUGCGUUUACAUCCGUCGGUGUUACGCUCGACAAAGAACUGGCAUCUUCAAGGAAAGGAGUAUACGCAUUUAGGGCACAAGGUCAGAUAUAUCACAAUCUUCCAUCUUUACUCCCGCAGAAUGAUAAUCCUUGUUAUUUCCAGUUAUACUUUUUUGACACAAACAAUGAGUUGUCUAAUAGGAUUUCAAAACUCCAAGAAGCAAACUUAUCAGAGGAAAUUGUAUUAAAAAUUAGCCAGAUAAUGGAUGAAAAUCCUUAUGCGCAAUUCUUUCGCCGGCUAAGAGAUAAUCCAACCUUUCAAGAUUUACAGAUUCGAAUUGCUGCCAAUGUCACACCUCCUUUUUGGUAUGAUAGGAAAGUUUAUAUAUGGAAUGGGUGGAUUGAUCUCAGCCGUUGGAUCAAUCGGGAUCAACGGCUUGGAUCUGAAGGCUUAAACGAAACGGUGUCGUUUGGCUUAGCAAGGGUCAGGGUUGGUUCGGGUAACGGGUCGGGUAAUGGGAUUAUGGGUGAGAGAUCUGGACCGUUGGAUCAGUUUGGUUUGAUGGUCGAGAUGGGUUGGCAUUGA